CCCUCAAACCUCACCGUCGGACACAAUCAUACCGGAUGGUUCCCGUAUUUCGCGCCUGAAAACGGAACAUAGCGAAGGCGUUCGGGAGAAAAAGAAAAAACGGUGGAAAUUAGCGCGCGAGAUUUAGGGAAUAGCUAUGAGUUCGUGGAAGCACCUGGGGAGGCUCGUCCACGGCGUUUCUCUGAUCGCUAAGGAGAUCGCCAAACGCUCCCAAGCAAUCGAGAGUGCCCGGAACGGCGAUCUUGAGACCCUAGUCACUUCCUCUCUGAAGAAAGCGCUAGUCUCCGCCACCGACUUAUCGGGCCUCACCAAGGGGAAAGUCCGUGAGUUCUCGAGCCCUAGGCCCAAGGAAUCCGUCGUCUACUUUGAUGAUAGUACUGCCGACAGGGAUCCAGAUUCUUCCUCCGCUACUGCGUCGUUGCAGAGUCCUGUUCAAGAACAGCUCGUCAAUGUUAGGGAGAUUAAUGGUAAUGACAGUAGUAAAAUCCAAUCAAUUGUGGAGGAGAAAGUUGAGAAUGUUGAUCAGAGGGGUGAGUUGUCGGGUAAUUUGGAAAAUGUUGGUUUGGUGAGAGAAAAUGAGCUCAAUUCGGAAGACAAGUGCAAUGGUGGUGGUGGUGGUGGUCGCGCUACUGGAGCCGAAACGGCGCCACCGGUGGCGAUCACCACAAAAAGGCGGAGGCCCAGGGAAGUUAAAGUUCCAGCCACUCCAUUUUCUAGAGCAUUUGGCUUUGCUGCUCUAGGAGCUGGGCUGGCAUGGGGAACAGUUCAGGAAUCUGCCAAGAGGCUUGUCUUUGGUCCAUCACAAUCACAAGAUAAGCAGUCUGCAGCUUCCCCAUUCUUAUCUGAAAAGAAUGCAGAAAGGUUGGCCUUUGCACUAUGUAAAAUGCGUGGAGCAGCACUUAAGAUUGGGCAGAUGUUAAGCAUCCAAGAUCAAUCUCUUGUUCCUGCUCCGAUCUUGGCUGCUUUAGAUAUUGUACGUCAAGGUGCGGAUGUGAUGCCAAAGAAACAACUAAACCAAGUUUUGGAGGCUGAACUAGGUCUAGAUUGGUCGUCAAAGUUGUCUAGCUUUGAUUAUGAACCCAUGGCUGCUGCAAGUAUAGGCCAGGUUCACCGAGCUGGCACAAAGGAUGGAAUGCAUGUUGCAAUGAAAAUUCAGUACCCUGGUGUGGCAGAUAGCAUAGAAAGUGACAUUCAGAGUGUGAAACUUCUUUUGGAUUACACAAAUCUAAUUCCAAAAGGACUUUAUCUUGAUAGAGCUAUGAAGGUAGCAAGAGAAGAAUUAUCUCGUGAAUGUGACUAUGAAUUGGAAGCAGCCAAUCAGAAACGGUUCCGUGAUCUGCUGUCCAAUGCAAAUGCAGAAGGAUUUUAUGUUCCACUGGUCAUGGAUGAUCUUUCAAGCAAAAGAGUUUUAACCACAGAACUUGUUUCUGGAAUUCCAGUUGAUAGGGUUGCAUUACUAAACCAGGACACUCGUAAUUAUGUUGGGGGGAAGUUGCUGGAACUCACUUUAUUGGAACUUUUUGUGUUCCGCUUUAUGCAGACCGAUCCUAAUUGGAGUAAUUUCUUAUAUGAUGAGUCUACAAAAACAAUGAAUCUCAUUGACUUUGGAGCAGCUCGGGAGUACCCCAAACAAUUUGUUGAUGACUAUUUAAGAAUGGUGAGUUUGCUUCCUCUACAAGUCCAUCCCUUGAUUUGGUCUGCCACUGCCGACUGCCAGCCAUCUGGCGGAUAUUCUGAGAAUCCCACCGGAGAAAACGAGGAGCAAAUCCUGACCGCACCGCAUUUCGCUCAUCACAGAGCUCAAAACUCCACUCCAAUGGCGUCCGUCUUCUCCACGCCAAUGCUUCAUUGCCCUCGCCUCAGUUUCCGGGGCAAUUAUUUGGAAGAUGUUUCAAAUGUGCAUAGGACACACAUGAUAAAUUCAGGGUCAAGUUACUCCCAUUCCAGGCCUUUGGGCUGCCUUGGAAAGGCAUUGUCAUCACGGUCACAGCGUGCACUGAGUAUUCCUGUCAUACGGCUUCCUAGAUCUCCUAUUAAAAAUCGGAGAAUGGUUUGCGUCAACUCAAUGGCAAAAGAUCUAGAGCUGCAAGCAGAAGUCACAACAAAGUGCUUCUUUGAUGUAGAAAUUGGAGGUGAACCUGUGGGUAGAAUUGUAAUGGGCCUUUUUGGAGAUGUUGUUCCAAGAACUGUUGAGAACUUCCGUGCCUUGUGCACAGGAGAAAAAGGAUAUGGUUACAAAGGAUGCUCAUUCCAUCGUAUCAUUAAAGAUUUCAUGAUCCAGGGAGGUGAUUUCACUAGAGGAGAUGGAACUGGCGGAGUCAGUAUUUACGGUCCCAGGUUUGAAGAUGAGAGCUUUGCCUUGAAGCAUGUCGGACCUGGAGUGUUGAGCAUGGCCAACGCUGGUCCCAAUACUAACGGGAGUCAAUUCUUCAUUUGCACAGUGAAGACUCCUUGGCUGGACAACCGUCAUGUUGUUUUUGGAAAUGUUGUGGAUGGACUGGAUGUUGUGCGACAACUUGAAUCUCAAGAGACAAGCAGGUCAGACAGCCCCCGAGUGCAAUGCAGAAUUGUUAAUUGUGGGGAGUUACCCUUAGAUGGCUGAUAUCCUGCUCAUGCCAUCACACAAAUGAUGACAAACAUGGAAAUACAUGGUUUAUUCAUCCCUUUUCUUUUGGCUGUGAAAUGGUAUUUUACCGAACAUAGUUUGAUCCCUUUCAAUGU